AUGCUAACGAAAGCAAUAAUAUAUGUUACAAUAUUACUUAUUGGAAAUGGAAAUGCAUUACGUUUGUAUGAUCCUGUAACUCGUAUUGAAUUACAGCAAAAAAAGGGUGACAAAAAUUACAAAUGGUCCGAAGAAUGGUUGGAAAAUGUACCCAUUGAUCAUUUCUCAUUUCAUGACAAUCGAACUUUUCGCUUACGUUAUUUAAUAAACACCGAUUAUUUCGCUCAUAAUGGACCAAUUUUUUUCUACACUGGUAAUGAAGGAAAUGUUGAAUUGUUUGCACAGAAUACAGGUUUAAUGUGGGAUUUAGCACCACAAUUGAAUGCAAUGGUUGUAUUUGCUGAACAUCGAUUUUAUGGGAAAUCACAACCAUUCGGUAAUAAAAGUUAUAUAACAAUUCAAAAUUUCGGUUACUUAUCAUCCGAACAAGCAUUGGGUGAUUUUGCACUCCUCAUAAAUCAUCUUAAAAAUAAAUAUCUUUCAAUGGCUCAAAAUUCAUCUGUUAUCGCAUUUGGUGGAUCAUAUGGUGGUAUGCUUGCUGCAUGGAUGCGUAUCAAAUAUCCACAUUUGGUUGAAGGAUCGAUAGCAUCAAGUGCUCCGGUUUUUUGGUUUAUUGAUAUGUCUGUACCGGAUGAUGCAUAUAGUCAUAUUGUUAAACGUUCUUUUGUGAAUUCCGGUUGCAUCGAGAGAAAUAUAAUUAAUGGAUGGAUUGCACUUAAAAAUUUAUCCUCAACAGCAUCUGGUCGAGAUUAUCUCAAUCGUUUAUUUCAUUUGGAUAAAAAAUCGUACUUGAAAAGCAAUACUGAUUGGAUAAUGCUUAAAGAAUACCUUGAAGAUAUAUUUCAAUCAAUGGCUAUGGUUAAUUAUCCAUAUCCGAGCAAUUAUUUAGCUAAACUUCCAGGAUGGCCUGUUAAAGUUGCAUGUCAAUUUUUCAACAAUACUAACAAACAAACUGAUAAAGAAUUGGCGCAAAGUAUGUAUGGGAUAAUGAACCUUUAUUAUAAUUAUACAGGCCAAAAGGAGCAAUUUUGUAUUGAUCCAAAAGUAUGUAAAGAUACCGCAUAUGAAGCACUUGGUGAUCCAAUAGGUUGGUCAUGGCAGUCCUGCACUGAAAUGAUCAUGCAACUAUGUUCCAGUGGUCCACCUAAUGAUUUCUUCAUUAAAAAUUGCCCAUUUACUCUUGAAGAUCAAGAAUCAUACUGUAUCAAUGCAUUUGGUAAACUUGGAUAUACAAAAAAUUUAAUGCGACCACAUUGGAGUAUUUUAAAUUAUGGUAAUCAAUAUCCAACGGCUACAAAUAUUAUAUUCAGUAACGGAUAUCUGGAUCCAUGGUCUGCUGGUGGUUGGUCAUUAAAAUCACAACUGAUAGGACCAUUAAUUAGUAUUAUCAUUAAGGAUGGUGCGCAUCAUUACGAUCUACGUGGUGAGCAUCAAUUGGAUACGAAAUCAGUGAAAGAAGCAAGAUUGUUGGAAAAAUUAUGCAUCAAACAUUGGUUAAAAGUAGCAAAAAUGAAGAAACAAAAAAGUUAA